AUGAACGUUGGAAAGUAUGACUGGAAGGUGUUGGCAGACCUGCCUGUCACCAAUGCGGUCGCCGUUCGGCUGGGUUCUAGGGCGGAUGACGAUCCGUCCGCGGCGGAGGCGGAGGACGACGCCGAAGACGAGAACAUGGACCGUCACGACCACUGUGCAGCGGCGAUUGCUACCGUAACGGUCCAUGUUCUUGUCUUCGACGUCGUCCUCCGCCUCCGCCGUGGACGGAUCGUCAUCCACCCCCGAACCCAGCCGAACGGCGACCGUAUUGCAGCGGUUCUCAACCUUUCUGUAUUCGAGUACCACCUACACAGGAGAUUUUCUUCACGUACCACUUAUGAGCUUGCUACGUACCACUUGUGGUACUCGUACCACAGGUUAAGAACCGCUGCCGUAUUGGCAACGGACAGGUCCGCCGACGGCAUUGCCACCAACACCUCUUGCGCCGGCUCUUCCUGUGAUACAAUUUCCAAUUCGGCUUCCGAUAAGCCGUUGCCCGCUAUUAAUGGCUCUAUCACCGUUUUCGUGAGCCGCAGUCGUUGCAGCCGGAGCCGUAGCGACCAGAGUGGAAGCGAAGACAAAUUAAAUACUCUUAUAAAAUAAUAAUAUAUUAAGAUUAAAAACUAAACAAACUAUAGGAUAUAAUAUAGAGAUUAAAUAGAUUGA